CACCCUUCUCACAAUCUUACAGCCCAGCUAGCUAAGCUAGUGGAGCAUUGGUCCCUGAGAGCCAGCACAGCUAGCACACCAGCAGCGGCAUGAUAUAUAUGGGAGCAAAAGCUGGAUAGAUAGAUAUGUGGAUACGUGGAUCAAGCAUCUUAGUUUAGCUUAACCCAGCACUCACGCAGCACAAAAAAAGCAGCACCACCACUAGUUGUUUCUUCGUGGUGUCAAUUGCUCAGCUCGAUCGAUCGAGGUGUCUUGAAUCCCGGCUGCCAUGGCGAACUACCGGCUCGGCGGCGGUGGCAACGGGCACUACGAGAUGGCGGCAGCAGCGGCUGCGGCGUGGAGGGAGCCGGAGAGCCCGCAGCUGAGCCUCAUGAGUGGGUGCAGCUCCCUCUUCUCCAUCUCCGGCCUGCGCGACGAUGACGCCGACCUCCACCUCCUCACCGGCGCGCGCUCGCUGCCGUCCACGCCGGUCUCGUUCGGCGGGUUUCCUGGCGGCGAUGAGGUCGACAUGGAGCUGCGGCAGGGCGGCGGGAGCAGCGGCGAGGACCCGAGGACCAUCCGGAUGAUGCGGAACAGGGAGUCCGCGCUGCGCUCAAGGGCCAGGAAGAGGGCAUAUGUGGAGGAACUCGAGAAGGAGGUUCGACGUCUGGUGGAUGACAACCUCAAGCUGAAGAAACAGUGCAAAGAGCUGAAGCGGGAAGUGGCCGCCCUGACCCUGCCCACCAAGAGCUCUCUCCGGAGAACCUCGUCCACCCAGUUCUGAAAGGGGAUCAGACGGCCCAAGACGCAGAGCAGAAGUGCAUUUUGGCAGUACAAAUUUAGGAGAAAAUUAAUCAAACCUGUGAAAAUUUCGUCUACAGUGUGUGUGUAAACCUAUGUACAUGAUCGAUCCAAACCUAUAAAUGCUCUUGGGCCUUUUUGUGCGUGUCUCUAAAAAAAAGAAACGGAAUUUCAUUGGUAGAGAAUUAACUUUUUGUGUUUUUGUUCAGAUUAACCUAUCUUGCCACUUUUCCCUAGUGCUUUGCUGGGAUAAAGUGUGUUCUGUCAGCAAGACAGCAACCACCAUUUCAAACUGAGGCAAUGCCCGGAUGGUUAGGACAUGAUAAUAAGUCCUGACCCAUGGAGUUUGAGCCUACGUGGUCGCAACAUUUGGUUGACGCACCACUCUCCUUAACCCUAAGACCAGAGGAGUUCUCCCUUGUCACGUUUGAAGAAUUUUAUUGCUCUUUUGGCCUCUUUAUUUAUUUUAUUAUUAUUUAUUACCAUCCUGAUAUGCUUUCUUAGUUAUUUUCAUAGUAUUGUUGGUAUUGUCACUGGACAACUGCAUUUCACUCGGAUAACAUUUUCUUUA